AAAGUUUACGUUUUGCACAUUUCUGAAACAUUUAUCUGAUUCUUGACAUCCAAAUAAAACAGUCUGAAAAAUUAUUCUAUGGCAAUUGUUAGACAUUUAUCAACGAUUUCAAUGAAAACUGUAAAAGUUCAUAUUCCUUCAAGAAACGUUUUGAAAACAAAAUGUGAUCAAAAUGUUUGCAAGACAAAUAAAGCUGACUUUAAAAACUACGUUGAGAAACAUAAUAUGCAUGAAUUUUUGACAGAACUUAUGGAGGUCUGUUUUACUACAAGAGCACAAAAUCCAAGACUCUGUGUUCUUAAAUACUUAUCAAAUAUGAAUGAAACAAUUGGAAGUGACAAUAGUUUUGAGCUGAAUGACAAUGAAAAAUCUUCCGAAUCUUCUUCUACAAAAAGCUCUGAUGAUUUAUCUGAUGUCAUAUUCAUCUCAUCAUCAUCAUCAUCAUCAUCAACAUCAACUUCAUCGACAGAAUCAUCAGAUCCCGAUCAUAAGAUGUCUAAAAAUACGAAGAAAAAAUCACAAGUUCAAAACAAAAGGAAGAAGUUGAAUAAUGGAGUCAAUGUUUUUAAAACACGAUUGAGAUCUUCAGUUUCGUGUAUUGGAUUUUCAUCCUUUGAGAAAAGUAACCAAGAGAUUCAUGCAAAUGCUAUAGCACGACAUAAAUCUUUUUCCCGAAAAAAAGUCUCAUAUGAAGCUUACUUUUCAUCUUCAGAUGAUGACCGCAUUAAUUAA